GGAAGUCAACUUGAGCGGGAAAAUAGAAACAUGUACGCUUCGAGUACGUUUUAGACCGCAUCAAAACAAAUGUAGUAGUGUCUAUUUAAUAUAUAAUGAAAAUAUUAAUUUAUUACAAAUAUGUAGGCGAGGGUGAAGUCUGUCCAAGACGUCCCUGAGGUAUGUUGGUAUCGCCAUUAUUAUUCGGCUAACUUUGUUAGCUAAGCUAACGAACGCUAGCUUCGCUCACCUAGCCUGAACUUCCUGUGUAACGUUUCGGGAGUUUAAAAAGCGGACACGUUUAAACUCAGCUUGAUACAGUCUACGUCCGGUGCUAUAGCUGUUGCCAGUUGCCAGUAUCAUAAACGCUACCUGAAUGACUUUGUCAGAUUUCCGUACAAAUACCAACGUAUCUAAUGGCGAUAAUCCUUGAAGAAAUCCAUCUGUUCACAGCCUGUUUACUUCGGUUUAACGUUAGCUAGCUAGAAGCCCGUAGCUACUUUGGGAUGCAUCACCAGAGCUUUGCGAAGCCAGCAUUUAAAGACUCAAAACUGGAUAACGACGUGCACAAGACAGCUGCAUCCAAAAAUAAACUGCAACCAGCAUGUGAUCCUCUUCGGACAAGCCCCUUGACGGGGCGAAUAUUUUAUUUGGAUUUACCAUGUAAUAAACGAAGCCUAACUUUGGAAAGUGAUAUCAAGAGCCUUGGAGGAACGGUGGAAAAGUUUUUCAGUAAAGAAAUCCGAUACUUGGUUUCUGGGAAGCCUGAAGCUCGCCAUGUGCAGCGGCUGGCUCAGGACUCGCCGGUACCCAGUCCGGAUUCAGGCCUCAGCUCCCCCCUUCCGGGCAGCAAGAGGGACAGUCUGGGCCCCAGGGGCAGCUCACUGGGACCAGCUGACACUGUCCUUGUGAGCAGAGGGAAAACAUUAGUGGAGAAAGUCGUUAAGGAACAAGAACGGUUUCAUAUUAACCGAAUCUUGGCCAGUGCAUACGAAUGGGGUGUUAAAAUUCUCUACGUUGAUGAUGUCAUUUCUUACGUUGAUAAGAAGAAAAGCAAACUCCCCAAGAUGAGCACAGUGAAUCACACAGCGAAGAAAGCUGCCAAACUUGAGACCUCAGAGGGAUUUCAGAAAUGCAGAGCUGGUCGAAUCAGUCGUCCCUUUGUUAAAGUGGAGGACUCCAGCAGACAGUACCGUCCUAUAUAUCUACCAAUGCCCAACAUGCCCAUGUGUAACCUCAAAUCUGCUGCCCCCUGCUGUCCAUUCUUGGUGGAAGAAACCUGUAAAGACUCCCAUAGAGGAAAAGUGAAAGAGCGAGGGUCCUGUGUAGAUCGACGGGCAAGGGGCAGGAGAGAGAGACGCCGAGGCCAUGAAGAUCGGAGGAAAGGGGGUUAUUGUGAAUGCUGCAUGGUCAAAUAUGAGGGCCUCAAAGCCCACCUGCAGAGUGAGCAGCAUCUGGCUUUCUCUAAGAGUGAGGAAUAUCUGGUAGUGGACAAAGUUAUCUCAGGACUCACCUGUGACCUCAUACGCAUCAGGACCCCAAGGCAAAGGGCGAAGUUCAGUGUCUCGUCCCCGCUCCUGGCCCCAGGGGUAGCCAUGGGGAGAGACGGAGCUGCGGAAAGCGAUGGCGAGGAGGCGACUGACGGGUCCUCACUUUGCUCCUCUCCCAACGCGGAGCUUAGAAGCAGCGAAGAGCCCCUGCCAGCCCGCAAACGCUGCAGAGAGCCGGCCAAGGAUCCAGGGGAGGACCAAGCUGGGCAGUCAGACACGCUGGAGAAAUCCAGCUCCAAGCGCAGGUCAUUUGAGUGGGCAUCCAGCUCUAAAGCCGCCUGGCAGAAGGCAUUUGGUACGUCGCUGUCCAGCACAAGACCAGCAUGUUCCUCUGACUCCCAGGAGAAGGACAUCAGACCAUUGGAAAUUAAUUCAAAACUAAGGAAUUCAUGGAGUGCACCACCUGCUUGCAGAGAUGUUGGAACUUUAAGAUCCUUCGCUACAAAGCAAAAUUUGAGAAGUGCCUGGUGUCCACCAGGUGCAAAGACCUUACAAGGAGCUCAGCAUUCUAACGAGGUAUCGGAACAGUGUGCUGUUAGCCAUCCAGACAUUCAGACUGCACAAAUACCAAUUUUGGAUAUCAUAGAGUGUUCACAACUCUCUACAGACAGACUCCCCAAUUCAUGUCAUGGGCCAAUCAGAACUGAGCAGUCUGUUGACAUAAGCCAUGGGCCUGACACAGUUGAAAGGCCCUCGUCCAGCAGAGAACAUGAUCCAAGCUGUAUGGACAGUCUGUCUCAAACAUUACAGAGGAAAGUGCGUGACUCAAGGAGUAGGCGGAGAGUUUCAGCAGAGGUUCCUCAGGGUCUCACCACUAAACAUGUAGAAUCACUGAGUGCGAAGCCGUGCAGCACAGCUUCCCAGUCCCAGAGCCCUUCGGCCUCCGACUUGGACUUGCGUCAUCUCUUCCAGUCCAGUGAUAAUGUGGAGGAAAAUGAUUUUAAGGGCUUCAGCAAUUAGUGCCUAAAACCCCAGAGAAAACAGAAAACCAAUGAAGCACUGGCAAGGCCACUGAAAAUGUAUUGGAAAAAAUGCUGUGUAACAUGUUAAAAUGUAUCUCACUCUGAGCUGAGAUACUGAGAGAGUUCCUGUAUCUGACAGGUUAGUUUCUAAAGGACUAUAUCGAACUGCCAUACAUCUGUUAUGCAACUUUCAACAGAAAACACAUGAAAUCCCCAAAACACAAAACCUUCACGAAGACAAAUGUCUUUUGAGCUGUUUGCACAUGCCUGUAUAAAAUGGACUGUGCUAUAUAUGUGCAAGGAAUGCUACUUGCCCUCCAAAUGUAUAUGGAAGAAUUUGUGCUCUAUUAAAUCCUUUGCAGACAAA